CCUUCAGCGUUCGUGUGGGCGGAAAUGCGACGGCUGUCGGGAGAGCUGCGGAACUGGAGAUCCCAUUUGGUCCUCUGUUUAUCUGGGCGUAGCGGGGGCCGGUCUGGUGGCGGCCGUUGGGCUGCAGAUCACUUAUAUAACUAGGUCAUCAUUUUGUUCUAAAAUCAUUAUGUCUCGAUCACGACAACCUCCCCUUGUGACGGGCAUCUCUCCAAAUGAAGGAAUCCCAUGGACAAAGGUAACAAUUAGAGGAGAGAACCUGGGAACUGGUCCACCUGACCUCAUAGGUCUGACAAUUUGUGGACAUAAUUGCCUCCUGACUGCAGAGUGGAUGUCUGCCAGUAAAAUAGUGUGUCGAGUGGGACAAGCCAAAAAUGACAAAGGAGACAUCAUCGUCACGACCAAGUCAGGUGGCAGAGGAACUUCAACUGUCUCUUUCAAGCUGCUCAAGCCUGAAAAAAUAGGUAUCUUGGAUCAAUCUGCUGUCUGGGUUGAUGAAAUGAAUUAUUAUGAUAUGCGCAAGGACAGGAAUAAAGGAAUUCCUCCUUUGUCCCUACGUCCUGCUAAUCCACUUGGAAUUGAGAUUGAAAAAAGUAAAUUUCCCCAGAAGGACUUAGAAAUGCUGUUCCAUGGAAUGAGUGCGGAUUUCACAAGUGAGAAUUUUUCAGCUGCCUGGUAUCUUAUAGAGAACCACUCAAACACCAGUUUUGAACAACUCAAAACGGCAGUCAACAAUCUGAAGAAACAGGCUAACAAGAAGAAUGAAGGCAGUCUGGCAUAUGUGAAAGGAGGUCUCAGUACUUUCUUUGAAGCACAAGAUGCCCUCUCAGCAAUCCAUCAAAAACUGGAAGCAGAUGGAACUGAAAAAGUGGAAGGAUCCAUGACGCAGAAACUGGAGAAUGUUCUGAACAGAGCAAGUAAUACUGCAGACACAUUAUUUCAAGAAGUUUUAGGUCGAAAGGACAAGGCAGAUUCCACUAGAAAUGCACUGAACGUGCUCCAGCGAUUUAAGUUUCUUUUCAACCUUCCUCUGAAUAUUGAAAGGAAUAUUCAAAAGGGUGAUUAUGAUGUGGUUAUUAACGAUUAUGAAAAGGCCAAGUCACUCUUUGGGAAAACGGAGGUGCAGGUUUUCAAGAAAUAUUAUGCUGAAGUAGAAACACGAAUUGAAGCUUUAAGAGAAUUACUUCUGGAUAAAUUGCUUGAGACACCAUCGACCUUACAUGACCAAAAACGUUAUAUAAGGUAUCUGUCUGACCUUCAUGCACCUGGUGACCCUGCUUGGCAGUGUAUUGGAGCCCAACACAAGUGGAUCCUUCAGCUCAUGCACAGUUGCAAAGAGGGCUAUGUAAAAGACCUAAAAGGUGGCCCAGGUCUGCACAGCCCCAUGUUGGAUCUUGAUAAUGAUGUGCGCCCCUCAGUGUUGGGUCAUCUUAGUCAGACAGCAUCACUCAAGAGGGGCAGCAGCUUUCAGUCUGGUCGAGAUGACACAUGGAGAUACAAAACUCCCCACCGGGUGGCGUUUGUUGAAAAACUGACCAAGCUAGUUUUAAGUCAGCUGCCUAACUUCUGGAAGCUCUGGAUUUCAUAUGUGAAUGGAAGCCUUUUCAGUGAGACUGCUGAGAAGACAGGCCAAAUUGAAAGAUUGAAGAAUGUAAGACAAAGACAAACUGAUUUUAAGAAAAUGAUUCAGGAACUAAUGCACUCUCUUGUGAAGCUGUCCCGUGGUGCCUUGCUCCCGUUCACCAUCAGGGAUGGGGAUGUGCGGCAGUAUGGAGGCUGGGAGGGCACGUCUGGCCUCUCCGGGCAGUGGCUCGCCCAUGCCAUUCAGACUGUAAGGCUUACUUACGAAUCAUUGACUGCCCUGGAGAUCCCUAAUGACAUGUUACAGACCAUCCAGGAUCUCAUUCUGGAUCUCCGAGUACACUGUGUGAUAGUCACUCUGCAGCACACAGCGGAAGAAAUAAAGAGAUUAACUGAAAAGGAAGACUGGAUUGUUGACAAUGAAGGACUGACUUCUCUACCCUGUCAGUUUGAGCAGUGCAUUGUGCACUCCCUGCAGUCACUGAAAGGAGUCCUGGAGUGCAAGUCUGGAGAAGCCAGUGUCUUUCAACAACCUAAAACACAGGAGGAGGUUUGCCAACUAAGCAUCAAUAUCAUGCAGAUUUUUAUACACUGUCUGGAGCAGUUGAGCACCAAGCCUGAUGCGGACAUAGAUACCACACAUCUUUCUGUUGAUGUUUCUUCUCCUGAUUUGUAUGGAAGUAUCCAUGAAGACUUCAGUUUAACUUCUGAACAACGGCUUUUGAUAGUCCUGAGUAAUUGCUGCUAUCUAGAACGUCACACCUUCUUAAAUAUAGCGGAACAUUUUGAAAAGCACAGCUUCCAGGGAAUAGAGAAAAUAACACAGGUUAGCAUGGCCUCACUGAAACAAUUAGACCAAAGGCUCUUUGAAAAUUACAUUGAGUUGAAAGCAGAUCCCAUCGUUGGCUCCCUGGAGCCCGGGAUUUAUGCGGGCUGUUUUGAUUGGAAGGAUUGCUUGCCUCCGACAGGUGUCAGAAACUAUUUAAAAGAAGCAUUGGUGAAUAUAAUUGCUGUGCACGCGGAGGUGUUCACUGUUUCAAAGGAAUUGGUACCUCGGGUACUGUCAAGGGUUGUGGAAGCUGUUUCUGAAGAGCUAAGUCGACUGAUGCAGUGUGUUUCAUCAUUCAGCAAAAAUGGAGCAUUACAGGCAAGGCUUGAAGUCUGUGCCUUAAGGGAUACUGUGAUUAUUUACCUGACGCCUGAAAGCAAGUCUAGUUUUAAACAAGCUUUGGAAGUCCUGCCUCAACUCUCAAGUGGAGCAGAUAAAAAGUUACUGGAAGAGCUUCUGAACAAGUUCAAGAGUAAUAUGCAUCUGCAGCUCACCUGUUUCCAAGCUGCUUCAACCAUGAUGAAAACAUAAAUACUGUACCUGCAAAACAAGGGUAGUCCAGAAAGAUAACAAAAAUAAAACUAUUAACUUUCUUAAGUGCCCUGAAGAUAUUUGUGUAUAAAACACUGAGUUUGUAGUUUUUCUUUUUUUCCCCAAGUGGUGGCUUAGAAAAAUGUUGAUAUGUUUUCUUUUAACCACAAUGACUUUAUUUGAAAUGCUCAAGCAGUAUGUGCUUUGUCAUCUCUGGUUGGGUUGGGUUUUGUAUGACUGUUUGAAAUGCCUUUUAAACUCUGUAUCUCUUAGCUCCGCAUGGCAUGGGGAAUGCUGUAGGAAGAGUUGCUGCAGGGAAUGUUUUGAGUUGGCCUGUGCUGCCUGUGUACGGCAGCAUUGCUCCCCAGCUUCCAAGAUACAUGGAGAGAUUGAUAAGUAGAGCUAUGGAAAGUUACAUUUAGACAUCUUUGGGGCUUUAACUGUCUUGAACUGUACAGCUGCACUUAAAACUUUAAUACAAAUGGCUCUAAGUUUCCUAACUCAAGUGAGUUUUUACAAAAAUGUGUGAUCUGCAUUAAAAAUGUUAUAUUUGGGGUAGAUUAUUUGUUGUCCAUAUGUCUAUGAAUUUCCAUUCUUCUAAUUUUUAUCUUCACAGUGGUAAACAUUGUGCACCUUCUCAGUGUGGCUUUUUUUGUUCUCACUUCACUCUUAAUUUGCUUUAUGCCACUAAAUUCUUGUCAGUGUGUUUGCCUGUCCCUGAGGACCUUAAUGUUACAUUUAACUGCUUUAUUGUGAUGGCUUCAGUCUUCAGUGCUUACUAAAGAACAAAUCAAGCCCUGGCACUGAUGGCUCAGGUCCUGUCUGUACAGCCUCUUGCACGUCUUCUGUCUCCUUCCCUCCAACAGUUUGUUUUCUCUCCACCAGUUCUUGGCCUUUGGAGUAUCUUGCUCAGUAGCCACAAGAAUUCUGGCCUGCACUGCCUGCAUUUCCUGAGAUUUGAAGUGUCUCAGUUAUCUAGUGCUGCUAAAAAAGAAAUACCACAAGUGGAUGGCUUUAACAAACAGAAAUUUAUUCUCUCACAGUUUAGGAGGCUAAAGUCUGCAUAUUCAG